UAAAAAGAGAGAGAGGGGAGAAACGUGACGUCACGUGAUUGCGUUCUACUCCCAAGCUGUCGGUGGGUGAAGACAUUUCUGAUUUUAGUCGAAUUUAGAAUUUCUGUCUCUCGAUUAAUUUCACAAGCGCGUAUUAUUGUGUUUCGUGAAGAAUAUCGUCAUAGAAUGCAAUUGACAGACGUUGCAUAGUAUCAGCACUGCUGGUUUGUGGGGGAAACAAAAGGAGUUUUGAUUUCCAAGGCAAUUGGGUGUUGGAUCAUAAUUAUUUUCAACUGGAGGGACAGAUCCAGUUGUAAUGGCAGAAAACAAUUUCCCUCCCCUGCCUCGCUUCAUCCCUCUGAGGCCAUGUUUCUAUCAGGAUUUUAACGAGAUCCCAGAUGUACACCGUUCCAUGUGCAAGAAGCUGUACUACCUAUGGAUCUUUAACAGUGCCACCUUGGCGGUCAAUCUGAUUGGCUGCCUGGCGUGGAUGUGCGGCGGGGGUGGAGCCACUAACUUUGGCAUGGCCAUUCUGUGGCUCAUCCUGUUCACCCCCUGUUCCUACGUGUGCUGGUUCAGACCCAUCUACAAGGCCUUCAAGACUGACAGCUCGUUCAACUUCAUGGCGUUCUUCUUCGUGUUCAUGGCCCAGGUGGUGAUCAGCAUCAUUCAGUGUAUAGGCAUCCCAGGCUGGGGCGUCUGUGGCUGGCUGGCUACCAUUACCUUCUUUAGCACCAAUAUAGGCUCUGCUGUUGUCAUGCUGAUCCCCACCAUCAUGUUCACUGCCAUGGCUGUCCUCUCCUUCACCGGGCUCACCAAGGUCCACAACAUGUACCGUGACACCGGGGCCAGUAUUAUAUACAGUCUGGUCCAAAAGUAUUGGCAUUUAUAUGGUCAAAUGAUAGGAAAAUAGGGAAGAAAAUACCCUCUAUCUACUGUAAAAUAUGGUAAUAAAUCUUUGAUGUGAUGGGGCUAUUUUGCUUCCGUCCUGGGGCUCUUGUUAAGGUCAACGGCAUCAUGAACUUUACACAGUACCAGGACAUUUAUAAACCCUGGUUGCCUCUGCUAGAAGGUUUGAAACAUGGCCACAAGUGUAUCUUCCAGUAAGACAAUAACCCCCCAAGGACACAUCGAAAUCCACAAAGAAAUGGUUAAUUGACCACAAAAAUCGAAAUUUUGCAAUAACCAUCUCAAUUUCCAGCCAUGAUCGAAACCCCAUUGAAAACCGGUGGUUUGAAUGAAAGAAGGCAGUCCAUAAGUGCAUACAUAGGCUAUCAAGGAUCUGGAAAGAUUCUGUAUGGAGGAAUGGUCUAAGAUUCCUCCCAAUGUGUUCUCCAACUCAUUAAAGAUUUUAGAAAAAAAGCUCUGUGUCGUUAUCCUACCAAG